AUGGCAUUAAAAUGGUGGAUGAACCUAUGGAGGAAGGAGAACCAUAUUCCUAUAAUGAUGAAGAAUGUGUAAAAGAGAUACCUAUUACCCACCACGUGAAAGAAGGAUGUGAAAAAGCAGACCCUGCACAAUUUGAAUUACUUAAAGUUCUUGGUCAGGGAUCAUUUGGAAAGGUUUUUCUUGUGAGGAAAAUUAUAGGUCCUGAUGCUGGGCAGCUGUAUGCAAUGAAAGUUCUGAAGAAAGCUUCUUUGAAAGUUCGAGAUAGGGUUCGUACAAAGAUGGAGAGAGAUAUAUUGGUAGAAGUAAAUCAUCCAUUUAUUGUCAAACUGCACUAUGCCUUUCAGACUGAAGGGAAGCUAUAUUUAAUAUUGGAUUUUCUCAGGGGAGGAGAUGUGUUCACAAGAUUAUCCAAAGAGGUUAUGUUUACAGAGGAAGAUGUGAAAUUCUACCUCGCAGAACUGGCUCUUGCUUUGGAUCAUCUGCACAGCUUGGGGAUUGUAUACAGGGACCUGAAGCCAGAAAACAUUUUGCUUGAUGAAGCAGGACAUAUCAAGUUAACAGACUUUGGCCUCAGCAAAGAAUCUGUCGAUCAAGAAAAGAAGGCCUAUUCUUUUUGUGGUACUGUGGAGUACAUGGCACCUGAAGUUGUAAACAGGCGAGGCCAUAACCAGAGUGCUGAUUGGUGGUCAUUUGGGGUUCUUAUGUUUGAAAUGCUUACUGGUACACUGCCAUUUCAAGGCAAAGAUCGAAAUGAAACUAUGAAUAUGAUACUCAAAGCAAAACUUGGAAUGCCACAGUUUCUAAGCCCUGAAGCGCAAAGUCUUCUGAGAAUGUUGUUUAAAAGAAAUCCUUCCAAUAGGUUAGGGGCUGGUCCUGAUGGAGUGGAAGAAAUUAAGAGGCAUCCCUUUUUUUCUACCAUUGACUGGAAUAAAUUAUACAGGAGAGAGAUUCAGCCCCCAUUUAAGCCUGCUUCUGGAAAACCUGAAGACACGUUUUGUUUUGAUCCAGAAUUCACAGCAAAAACACCAAAAGAUUCUCCAGGAGUUCCACCUAGUGCUAAUGCACAUCAGCUCUUCAAAGGCUUUAGCUUUGUUGCAGUUACUGCCAUAGAAGACCACAAAAUCUCCCCCCUCAACAACAUAUUGCCAAUAGUACAGCAACUUCAUGGAAACAGUGCACUAUUCACAGAUGCGUAUGAGCUUAAAGAGGACAUUGGUGUUGGGUCCUACUCUGUGUGCAAGCGGUGUAUCCACAUAGCUUCAAAUAUGGAGUUUGCUGUGAAGAUCAUUGACAAAAGUAAGAGAGAUCCCGCCGAAGAAAUUGAGAUUUUAAUGCGCUAUGGACAGCACCCCAAUAUUAUUACUUUAAAAGAUGUGUAUGAUGAUGGUAAAUAUAUUUACCUUGUCACUGAAUUGAUGAAAGGAGGUGAGCUGCUCGAUCGUAUUCUCAGACAAAAGUAUUUCUGUGAACGGGAAGCAAGUGCUGUGUUGUACACUAUCACCAAAACAGUUGACUACCUUCACUGUCAAGGAGUAGUGCAUCGAGACCUUAAGCCCAGUAAUAUCUUGUAUAUGGAUGACUCCAACAAUGCUGACUCUAUCAGAAUUUGUGAUUUCGGUUUUGCAAAACAGCUUCGAGGGGAGAAUGGGCUUCUCUUAACGCCUUGCUACACUGCCAACUUUGUAGCACCAGAGGUUCUCAUGAGACAGGGAUAUGAUGCUGCUUGUGAUAUAUGGAGUUUGGGUGUCCUCCUGUAUACAAUGUUGGCUGGGUAUACUCCUUUUGCCAAUGGCCCCAAUGAUACCCCUGAGGAAAUCUUGCUACGAAUAGGAAGUGGAAAAUUUUCGUUAAGCGGAGGCAACUGGGACACAGUUUCAGAUGCAGCAAAGGAUUUGCUAUCUCAUAUGCUUCAUGUAGACCCACAUCAGCGAUAUACUGCAGAGCAAGUUCUGAAGCAUUCAUGGAUAACCUGUAGAGAUCAGUUGCCACACUAUCAACUGAACAGGCAAGAUGCACCACAUCUAGUAAAGGGGGCCAUGGCUGCCACAUAUUCUGCACUGAAUCACAAGACAUUUCAGCCUGUGUUAGAGCCUGUCGCGGCUUCCAGCUUAGCUCAACGGCGAAGCAUGAAAAAGCUAACGUCAACAGACUUAUAGAUCCACUGGGAGUACUUAGCCAAAGUGGAACAAGGGGUGGGAAAUCCAAUAAGUGGCUCAGUGUCUGCCUGGCCUGUGAUUUAAAAGGCAUAUACAAGUUUCUCCUACACUACUUGAAUUCUGUUGCGGGGGGGGAGGACACCAGUCCAGGGGGAUUCAUAACGUGUUCUGCAGAAGUGUUGGUGGUUCAUCAAAGCAAAACACCAGGGUGCAUCGUGAAGAUUUUGAGGAAUUUCUAUAUGCUGUCCUCUUCAGAGAUCCGCUGCAUUAUGUUUAUAGUUUUUAAUACUGUAUAUUUUCCCCAGUUCCUAAAGAAAUGGUUUAGGGGACCAUUAACAAUGCCUGAGCUGUAAAUUUUAAAGGAGGAAAAAAGAAUAACUGGUGUUUAGUAUUUUUACCGUCUGGCCCUAAUGUAAUAAAAACCAGCAACAAACUUUAAGCUCUAUAGUUUUAUAAAUUGGUCACUUAGCGAUGGAGGACAUUCAUUUAAAUGAGUGGUAGAACAGGACAAGGCUAAUCAAAAAAGGAUGCGUCAGUGCAAAAUGUGUUAGCAUUUAUAGGAAGUCUAGAUGAGACUGGGUUCAGGCAAUGUGUUUCUGAAGAUGUACGCUUCAGUUAUAAUGUGAAAGCCCCUCCCUGAAUGAUAGAUAAUGUGAGGCUCCCGAGGGGUAGGGGUUGUUAGGGCAAGAACAAUAUGUAGGUGACAUCUCCACCCGUUGGAGAGGUUUUCAGGAAAAAGCCUCUAGAUAUGCAUUAGGUAUAGCAUAAGGCAUUUAGGGCCAGGGGUUUGACCUAGUUCAGUAGUCUUCAACCGUAUCACACUGCAGAGUUGAUCAAAAGGUUCAAUUUAAACUGCUUUCUGUAUAUGACCAUUUCUCUCUAGUGUUGAGUUUUAAAAGCUAAAACAAGGAAAAUGCAACUGGUGCAGUCCACCUAAGGCCAUUACCUGCUUGUGACUCCUGACAAAUCAAUUGAAGACCAGUGAACUAGACGGGCCACUGAGCUCCUUCCAACAAUGUGGGUCUUCUGUGAUAAAGAUGUUUUUUCCGCUGUCAAGUGUAACUUUCUGUAAACAUGGUCUAUGCCUUUUUGGUUAGUAUAGAAGGGCUGUUCCGUUACCUGCACUAAGGCUUCAAGCCCUCCAGAAUGAGAACCUCAACAACAGCAACAGAAGUCUGGACAUUGACUCAUUAGCUACCGGUAGCUCGUGCAUCCCAUAGGAGACCCAGGAAAAGAUCAUGAAAAGCUCUAGGCCUCUCUCCCCUUUCCCCCCCGCGAUACUGUUUCAUAGGAUUUGUCUCUGUGCUGCUUAGCUGAUAACUUCAUUGCUGGUGCUCUUCUUACUUAGGAUGGAGCAAGACUUGGUAAUGUGCUGGGGGAGGGGGUAGCUUGAGAAAUUUUUCCAUUAUUCAGAAGUAGUUCUCAUUAGAGAAAAGUUUGGUGACCCCCACUUUUAAAGAAGUCGUUGAGCUACCUCGGUAAUCCACUGUGCUGUUUCCUUGGUUCUCCUUUUCCCACAUGACCUGGUUAUCGCUCUGGCAGGACUAUUUUGUGAUGUGAAUAGUGGUUAAUCCUCCAUGAAUUAUAAAACAAUAAUUUCAUAUCACGGGGCAUACUUCACCCUUAUUUUUAUUUAUUCAGACUUUGUAGGAAAAAAGCUGUCAUUUUUUAGUCAUGUUAUAAAAAUGAUUACAAAGAAAUGCUAAUAUUCAUGUCUUAUUUUUAAUCCCCUAUAGCUACAGAAUAAGUUCCAAACAUCUUCUAGAUCUCCCCCCCCC